UUGUAUCUAUAUGGCAACGUCCGGCUAUUGCAGAAAAAUUUCUUCGCACUUGCAAAACAAUAAUAUUAAUUUUAGUACAAUAAUAACAGAAAAACAACGACGGGAAGCAGCGAAAAAGCACAAACAAUAUGUUUCGAUCAAGUUUUGACAAAAACUUAGAAAAUGCCACCAGCCAUUUGCGACUGGAGCCCGACUGGCCUUCCAUUCUGCUCAUCUGCGAUGAGAUUAAUCAGAAAGAUGUCACUCCCAAGAACGCCUUUGCUGCCAUCAAAAAGAAGAUGAACUCACCCAAUCCGCACUCGUCCUGCUAUUCCCUUCUGGUCCUCGAGAGUAUCGUGAAGAACUGUGGAGCACCCGUUCACGAGGAGGUCUUUACCAAGGAGAACUGCGAGAUGUUCAGCAGCUUCCUUGAGACCACGCCCCACGAGAACGUCCGCCAGAAGAUGCUGGAACUGGUGCAGACAUGGGCCAACGCCUUCCGCUCCUCGGACAAAUACCAGGCCAUUAAGGACACCAUGACCAUCCUAAAGGCCAAGGGACAUACCUUUCCCGAGCUUCGCGAGGCGGAUGCCAUGUUCACGGCGGACACGGCUCCCAAUUGGGCAGACGGAAGGGUGUGCCAUCGCUGUCGGGUGGAGUUCACCUUCACCAACCGCAAGCACCACUGCCGGAACUGCGGCCAGGUCUUCUGUGGCCAAUGCACCGCCAAGCAGUGUCCGCUGCCCAAGUACGGAAUCGAGAAGGAGGUGCGUGUAUGCGAUGGAUGCUUUGCUGCCCUCCAGCGUCCAACAAGCGGCAGCGGUGGAGUUAAGUCCGGAACGCGUCCGGCGGACAGCGAACUACCGGCGGAGUAUCUGAACAGCACUUUGGCUCAGCAGGUUCAGACACCAGCCCGCAAGACCGAGCAGGAACUCAAGGAGGAGGAGGAGCUGCAACUGGCCCUGGCACUCAGUCAAUCGGAGGCGGAGCAGCAGAAGCCCAAGCAGCAAUCCCAGUCAGCAGCAGCAGCAGCGACUGCCUAUCGCCUACAGCAGCGAUCUCCCAGUCCGGAGGCACCACCCGAGCCCAGCAAGGAGUACGCACAGCAGCAGCAGCAACCGGAGGAGGCCAACAAUCCGGAGCUGGCCAAGUACUUGAACCGCAGCUACUGGGAGCAGCGCAAGAUCAGCGAGUCCUCCUCGAUGGCCAGUCCCUCGGCGCCGAGUCCCAUGCCACCGACUCCGCAGCCGCAGCAGAUUAUGCCGCUGCAGCCGAAGAGUGCUGAUGAGGUGCAGAUCGAUGAGUUUGCCGCCAAUAUGCGCACUCAGGUGGAGAUCUUUGUCAACCGCAUGAAGUCCAAUUCGAGUCGUGGUCGCAGCAUCUCCAACGAUUCCUCGGUGCAGACCCUGUUCAUGACCCUGACUUCGCUGCACUCGCAGCAGUUGUCCUACAUCAAGGAGAUGGACGACAAGCGCAUGUGGUACGAGCAGCUGCAGGAUAAGCUCACCCAGAUCAAGGAUUCGAGGGCAGCGCUGGAUCAACUGCGGCAGGAGCAUGUGGAGAAGUUGCGCCGCAUUGCCGAGGAGCAGGAGCGCCAAAGGCAAAUGCAGAUGGCCCAGAAACUGGAUAUAAUGCGCAAGAAGAAGCAAGAGUAUCUGCAGUACCAACGCCAGUUGGCCCUGCAGCGCAUUCAGGAGCAGGAGCGUGAGAUGCAGCUGCGCCAGGAGCAGCAAAAGGCGCAGUAUUUGAUGGGUCAGUCGGCUCCACCAUUCCCCUACAUGCCACCGUCGGCGUUGCCGCAACAUGGUUCCCCUUCGCAUCAGCUGAACAAUGUUUAUAAUCCAUACGCUGCCGGAGUGCCCGGAUAUCCGGCUCCCAAUGGACAUGGCCAGUUUCAGGCCAUUCCGCCGGGCAUGUACAAUCCGUCGAUGCAACAGCCAAUGCCACCGAAUAUUCAGCAGCAGCCUGGUGGAUUGAUGCAGCAGCCAGCGCCGCCUGGAAAUGCCCAGAUGAUGCCGCCCAUGCCCGACAAUCAGUUCGCCAACAAUCCAGCAAUGGCACAGCAGCCCCCACAAAUUCCAUUUCAACAGCAGGCUCAUUCAAUUCCCGGACAGCAGCCACAGCAAAUCCCUGGUCAGCAACCACAGCAAAUUCCUGGUCAGCAACCACAGCAAAUUCCUGGUCAGCAGCCCCAGCAAAUCCCAGUUCAGCAGCAACCUCAACCGCAAAUGGCUCACGUGAUGCUUCAGCAGCAGCAGAUUGUGCAAACCCAUCCGCCAUUAGCCAAUCAGGCGCCUCCAGCUGCGCAGGCACCUCCAGUCGCCGAAAUCGUGGCCAGCCAAGUCCAAGCGGUGGCGGCUGCACCUGCUCCACCUCAGAACGAACCAGGACCUGCGCCCAUUAAAGCUGCAGAGCCAGCCACAGCGGAGCUAAUCAGUUUCGACGCAUCUGAGAGAGCAGCCACUCCUGGCAGGACCUUUCCCUCCAACAGUUCUAGGGAAGCUCCUCCACCUGUGGACACGUGUGAGACCUUGUCGGCUCCUCCGAAUUGCAUACAAGCCGUGGCCGUAUCUCCUCCGCCCACAAUUGUGAUGGCUCCCCUUUUGGUAGCUCCAAUUACUGCCUCCAACAUGGACUUGGUGCCCUGGGCAAAUAGCUCGUUCUCGAACAAACCUGGUGGACCAUUCCACACUAUUGUUUUGGAUGCACAAAUGGCGCCGGCAAACAUCGAACUGGAUAGCUCGCCAUUAUCCAGUCCUAUCAUGUCUUUUGACAGACAAACCCCUAAAAUGGGUGGCGGAGAUUUAAACUUGAAGAAAUCAUGGCAUCCGCACACGAUGAAAAACCAGGAGCGCGUUUGGAAGGCGGAGGAGCAGGCGAAGAUGGAGGAGCGCAAGCUGCAGGAUCUCCGCAAGGAGAUCAACGAGGAGCGGGACAGGGAGGAGCUGCGACGGUUGGGCGAAAGUUCCGGAGUGCUGGCCAAUAAUAGUGGCGCCGCCGGGGAGGCAAAACUGGAAUGGAUGUACAAAAACAGCACUGAACUGAUCAACCGCGAGGAAUACCUUCUGGGCCGCAAGAUCGACAAGUCCUUUGAGACGCUGCAGGCCGAGGAGCACCGGCAGGAGCAGCAGAGCACAGUGGGCCUCAAACAGUCCAUCAAUCAUGUGGAGCAUGACUGCGUGCCCUUCUCCAUCCGUACAUAUCGCAAUCUGCAGUCCACCGAACAGGUUGACAUGCAACGAAAGACACUCGAGGAUCCCCUGAUGCUCAUCAAGCAACGCGAAAUGGAAUCUCGGCGCAAACUACUCGAAAACCCCGUCAAACUGAAGGAAAUCCAUCGCAUUCUGAAGACCGAACAGGAUCUAAAGGCCUCCAAGGAGCAAAAGAAGGCCAAGAAGAGCAAAAAGUCCAAGAAGUCCAAAAAGAAAAAAAGGAACAAGCGCUCCAGCGAUGAGGAAAGUGCCAGUGGCAGUGAAAGCAACGAUAGCGACGAUGAUUUGGACAGAAAACUGGCCCGUCAGGUCAGCAAACUGAAAGGAGACCACGGCAACGGUGAGCUCAAGUUGGACAAACUACUGGACGCCAAGUAUCGCACCAUAUCCAAGCAAUUGGACAUGGCCACCAAGAAAAAGAGCAAGAAAUCUAAGAGGAAGAGUAGUGACAGCAGUGAACAGAGCAGUGAUGAGGAGGAAAAGCCUAGGAGACAAAGAUCCAGGGAGCUUGAGUCGAGGAGAAGGAAUAAGAGAAGCAGGAGUCCAGAGGAAAAAGGACAGCGGGAGAGGCGCAGGAGCAGAAGCCCCCAGGAUAGGAAAGAUAGUUCUCGGAAAAAGCGACAAAGCAGGAGUCCAGAGCAGAGAAAUAGACGCAGAAGUCCAGAGGUCAGAAAAGAAAGACGGAGGAGCAGGAGUCCUGAAGAGAGAAAGGAAAGGCGAAGGAGCAGAAGUCCAGAGGUCAGAAAAGAAAGACGGAGGAGCAGGAGUCUUGAAGUCAGAAAGGAAAGACGGAGAAGCAGAAGUCCAGAGGUUAGAAAGGAAAGACAAAGGAGCAGAAGUCCAGAUGAAAGAAAUGAUAGACGCAGACGUCCAGAAGAAAGCUUAAAAAAGAAGGAGAGUCUCAGAAGUAGAAGCCCCGAGGAGCCAUCCAGAUCCAAACGCAGCCGAAGCCGCAGUUCCAAAAGAGAUGACCGCCGAAAGAGCCCAGAAAAGCCACCGCAACGAAAGGAAAGGGAGCGUAGUCCGGCUCCCAAUCGUCCCACCGGCAAAUCCAAGCUAAGCGAAGCAGAUCGAGAAGCUCGUCUGCGCGAGAUGAUGGACAAUGCCACUUGGAGGGAGGCGGAUCGCAGCCAGGUGGUGCGCAAACAUCGCGAAGCCUACGCUCGCGAGGAAGCCCAGAACCGCGAACGCGACUUCGACAAGGAGUUCAUCAACAAGGAGGUGAAGAAGGCCAUUGCCAACCACAACUCCAUUGGCGAUCGCAUCCGAGCCAAUCUGAACAACAUCCAGCGCACUUCCUCCUCCAUGGACAGCAACUUUGCACGCAAAUAAACUAGAGAAUUCCUUUAUUUCGUUUGCAUUAUAUGGUUCCGCAACAAAUAGAUUCAACUUUGUGCUUACAAGAUAAACGAUGCGAUUAACAUAAA